GAGGAAAAUGAGGAGGAAGAAGAAGGCUGACAGGAGAAGAUGUAGAGAAAUCUGGGCUGGCUGCUGACAGUGGCUGUGGACAGGUCCUGACAGGAAUCCAAGCGACACUUGAAUCAGUUGAACUCACUUGGAGGAUUUGGCAGCCUGGUUCAAGAGAUCACAGCGGAUACAGACAAUAACGGAGAUGAUGAACAGGAUAGUCAGACAAGCUCCAGUGGUUGGGUGCUGAACUCCCCCAGUGCUGUGGACUAUUCUGACAUCAAUGAAGCGGUUGAUGAACAGGAAAUUAGACAGUCCAUGGGCUCUCUACGGGUUCCCCAGCCAGGUUCAGACUCCACCUCUGAUGAUGAUGAUGACUAUGAUGAUGAGGGGGAGAUGACAGACCGGCAGCUCAUGCCCCCGCCUGCCUCCAGCCUGGUUACCAAGGCAACCAAAAUGGACUCCAGAAGCUCUCCCGUGGAGGAGUUCAAAGGUCGACCAUCCCCUCAUGAUGAGAGGGAUGCUGGGAACUCACUGUUCGCUGACGCCGGAAUCAUCUUACCAUCAGUGGUUCCUACAAGUACAAAUGGAGAAAUUUCCAGAAAAGAGGAGGACAAUCUAGUCGAGAAGGGUGAUGGCAAAAGGAGGGCAUCUGAUAGCUCCCCAGAAUUGAACUGGAAGAGGAGAAGAUCCAUGGAGAAAUCUCCCAGUGGUGGCAGUCUGAAGGAUGCUCUGUUCAAAGGGAAAGAACUGCCGGAUGUAACAGUUUUGUUUCCUCAUUUCAGACAUGGAAAGGUUCUUAGAUUUAACAAGUUGUUUGGGCCGGGGAAACCGUCAUCGCUGCCACAGAUUUGGAGAGGUGCCAAGCGGAGAAGAAAACGGCGGCGGCCGACGGGAGAGGAACCUGAGGAGUUUCAGGGGUGGGAGUUUGACUACGGCCCCAUCCCUCCUCCUGACCAGUGGAUGUCUGAUGAUGAGGAGAAGAUGAUGCGUCCCAUGGAAGCUUUGCCUGACACAGGAACCAGGAAGGAGGCGACUCAGGAUGAGGACAGACCAGAGAUCCCUGAGUGGAGAUUUGGUCCUGCCAGGUACUGGUACGACAUGCUGGGGGUACCGGAGACUGGUGAGGGCUUCGACUAUGGGUUCAAACUGGCAGACAAUUCUGACAGUGACAGCGGUAACGAAGGGGAUGAUGAAAGAGAAGAGUCAACAAAAGAAGAACCUCCCAAACCCUCCCAACCGGAAUCACAGAAAGAUGACACUGCCGAGAAGACAGAAGAUCAGACAGAAGACAUGGAAACCUCAGAAGAAGCAGAGGAGGUCCCUAAGUCUGAGUUUCCAGAAGAGGAGUACUUCUACAUGGUGGCCCAGCGGUCCUGGGAGGAUGAUAUUGUGUGGGAUGGGGAACAGAUCAAGGAUAAAGUCCUGCAGUCCAAAUCUGCAGCUAUGGCAGGAUGGAUCCCUACUAGUACCAGUAGGACUGCACAGUCCUUCAGCACACAACAAGGUUUGAACAUCAGUGUGACCCUUCCAAACAGUGUCCCCUCCACAUCAUCAGGAAAGAACCAGCAAGACCCAGAUGGAGAUGACCAGCAGUGGUACUCCCUGUUCCCUGUGGAGAACCCUGAACUGGUGUACGGCAACUGGGAAGAUGACAUCAUCUGGGACCCACAGAAUAUGAAGGAGAUUCCAAAGCCAAAGGUCAUGAAACUUGACCCCAACGAUGAGAACAUCAUCUUCGGAAUCCCUGACGACCCAGACCCACUUCCAGACGACACACCGUCCAAGGACAAGAAGGAAGUCCGGCAGUCCACCUUACUGCUGAAAAAGAGAGGCUUGACCAAGCCAGAGUCUGACCAGUUGUCGGAUCCAAGGAAGAAAAAGAAAAAUGUGACCAACGUGUCCCACAACGAGCAGAAAGACCCCUGGAAUCUGUCCAAUGAUGAAUACUACGACCCUAAACACAGUCUGCAGGAGACAACACUGAGGGCCAGCAUGGGGGGGAACCUAGUACAGCACUCCAUCCCUGCUAUUGAGCUGCGGCAGCCGUUCUUCCCCACACACAUGGGCCCCAUCAAGCUGAGACAGCUCCACAGACCCCCCCUCAGGAAGUUCUCCCACGGCCCCAUGGCCCAGCCCGGCCCUCACAGUGUCCUACCUCUCCUCAAACAGAUCAAGAAGAAAGCUAAGAUGAGAGAACAGGAGAGACAGGCAUCUGGAGGUGGGGAGGUGUUCUUCAUGAGGACUCCCCAGGACCUGACGGGGAUGGACGGGGAGAUCCUGCUGGCUGAGUACAGUGAGGAGUACCCUCCCCUGGUCAGCCAGGUCGGCAUGGCAACUAAGAUCAAGAACUUCUACAAGAGGAAAGCAGGCCACACCACGGGUCCGCCUAAGUUCCAGUACGGUGAGACGGUGUACGCGCACACCUCCCCAUUCCUGGGCCCCCUGCACCCCGGACAGGCCCUCCAGGCCUUCGAGAACAACCUUUUCCGCGCACCCAUCUACCAACACAAGAUCCCUGAAACAGACUUCCUCGUCAUUCGCACAAGGAUGCAUUAUUACAUCCGUGAAUUCCAAGGUCUUUUCUGUGUGGGACAAGAAUGUCCCCUGUAUGAGGUGCCUGGACCUAACUCCAAAAGAGCCAACAACCAUGUCAGGGACUUCCUCCAGGUUUUCAUCUACCGACUGUUCUGGAAUGGUAAAGACAAGCCACGCAGAAUCAAGAUGGAGGACAUCCGUAAGGCCUUCCCAACACACUCUGAGAGCAGCAUCCGCAAACGGCUGAAACUGUGUGCUGACUUCAAGAGGACUGGGAUGGACUCUAACUGGUGGGUACUGAAGCCAGAGUUCCGACUGCCUUCUGAGGAAGAGAUCCGAGCCAUGGUGUCCCCUGAACAGUGCUGUGCUUACUACAGCAUGCUAGAGGCAGAGCAGAGGCUCAAGGAUGCUGGUUAUGGUGAGAAGUCUCUUUUCGCUCCAGAGGAAGAAAAUGAAGAGGAGUUCCAGAGAAACAUAGAUGAUGAGGUGCGCACGGCUCCGUGGAACACCACCCGAGCCUUCAUCUCUGCCAUGAAGGGUAAGUGCCUGCUGGCUGUGAUGGGCGUGGCAGACCCUACCGGCUGUGGAGAGGGGUUCUCCUACAUCAAGGUUCCCAACAAGCCCCAGUCCUCCAAGGACGACAACUCGCCCCAGCCCGUGAAGAGAACGGUGACGGGAACGGACGCAGAUCUGCGCAGGCUCUCCCUGAAGAACGCAAAACAGCUGCUGAGGAAGUUUGGUGUCUCUGAGGAGGAGAUUAAGAAGCUAUCAAGAUGGGAAGUGAUAGACGUGGUGAGAACCAUGUCCACAGAACAGGCCAGGUCAGGCGAGGCGGGGAUGAGUAAGUUUGCCCGCGGGACUCGCUUCUCCGUAGCCGAACACCAGGAGAAGUACAAGGAGGAGUGUCAACGGAUAUUCGACCUUCAGAACAAGGUCCUUUCCUCAGCCGAGGUCCUGUCCACUGAUGAAGAGAGCAGCUCUGCUGAUGACAGUGACUUUGAGGAAAUGGGCAAAAACAUUGAGAACAUGCUGGCCAACAAGAAAACAAGUCAACAGAUCACUCGUGAGAGAGAGGAGGCCGAGAGGAAGGAGCUACAGAGGAUGAUUAUGGGGGAGGACACCAGCAAAGAUAGAGACAAGGAUGAUAAGAGGGAAAGUAAGCGUUCCUCGUCUACCGGCACCCCCAUCCCUGGAGCACGUGGUCAGGAUGAUGACUUGGAGAGCAUAGGCUCAUCCUUCACUGGUCGCAGACUGAAGAUCUACAGGACCUUUAAGGAUGAGGAUGGGAAGGAAUACGUCAGAACAGAGACGGUCCGCAAGCCCUCUGUCAUCGACACUUACGUCCGCAUCAGGACAACCAAAGAUGAGAACUUCAUUAAGAACUGGCUGGCCCAGGAUGAACAACACAAGGAGGAGAUGAGAAGAGAGAGAAGAAGAAUUCAAGAGCAGCUAAGACGCAUCAAAAGGAACCAGGAGAAGGAGAAGAUGGCUCCUCCCCCCAAGAAGAAAAAGAAGAAACCAGAUCAACCCCCGCUCAAGUUGAAGUGCGGUGCCUGCGGACAGAUCGGCCACAUGAGGACCAAUAAGGAGUGUCCGCUGUACGAGCGGAGCCACGCCCCUCCCUCCCAUCCUGUUGCCAUGACAGAGGAGCAGGAGGAGGAGGUGGAGAGAUGUACCAUCAAGGAGGAUGAGAACCUCAUCAAGGUGGAGGGCACAAAACUCAUCCUCGGCAAGUCACUCGUGGACCAGGCUGCUGCAGUCAGGCGAGAGUCCUUGAUUCUCAAAUUCCCCAAGGCCAUGCAGCCGAAGAAGGAUGAGAAGAAGAAGAGAAGAGUGGGGACAGUCACACACUGUGAUUACCUCAAGAGACCCAAGAAGUCGGCAAAUCGGCGCCGUACGGAUCCUGUGGUGACACUGUCAUCCAUCCUGGAGAACUUCCUGAACGAGAUGCGAGACCUGCCGAACACGUACCCCUUCCACCAACCUGUCAACCCUCGCAUGGUGGUGGACUAUUAUAAGAUAGUACACAGACCCAUGGACCUCCAAACUAUGAGAGAGAAACUGCGUCAGCGGCAGUACCACUCUCGUUUGGACUUUGUGGAAGAUGUUAAACUGAUUGUUCACAACAGCACACUGUACAAUGGUGCGAAGAGCCCUCUGACCCAGAUAGCGCAGGACAUGCUGGGUGUGUGUGAGAAGAGAGUAGCAGAGAAGGAGGAUAAGAUCACCCGUCUGGAGAAGGCCAUCAACCCUCUCCUGGACGAUGACGACCAGGUGGCCUUCUCCUUCAUCCUGGAGAACAUCAUCACUCAGAAGAUGAUGAACGUGCCAAAUUCUUGGCCCUUCCACCAGCCAGUCAACAAGAAGUUUGUACCAGACUACUUCAAGGUCAUCUCACAACCCAUGGACCUGGAGACACUCAAAAAGAAUGUCCAGUCCCACAAGUACUGAAACCGUGAGGCGUUUAUGAAGGACGUGGACCUGAUCCACAGGAACAGUGUCAAGUACAAUGGGGCAGACAGCCCCUUCACAUGUACCGCUGACGAGGU